AUGAAUCAAUCUAAUGUUGGUUUUCUUGAUUUACCUAAUGAAAUAUUACUUCUCAUUUUGAAAAAGCUCAGCAAAAUGGAUAUUCUUUAUUCAUUAUUGGAUGUUGAUCAUCAACGACUUGACAUUAUAGUACAAGAAAAAACUUUUACUAAUACUCUCAAUUUUGUAUUAACAACAUUAACUGAUGAUAUUUUUUCGCUUCCUGAUACAAUCGUUGAUCGAUUUUGUACAACUAUUUUACCAAGAAUUCAUCACAAUGUUAAAUCUCUUAUUGUUGAUUCAGUGUCUAUAGAACGUAUUCUUCUUGUUGGUGAUUAUCCUAAUUUAACUGAACUUAAACUUUAUAAUUUUAAUCGUAAAGUUGUUUCACAAUAUUUUACAGAUCAAUCACCAUUGCGACGGAUUUUUCAACAACAAAUUACAAAUCUUAUUCUUGUAUUCAAAACUGAUUUGAAUAAAAUAUCAGUAAAACAGUAUACAAUAGAUGUAUAUGAAUAUAUUCUAAAAUUCUUUGAAAAUCUCAAAGAUUUAUCUAUUAUGAGAUCAGAUUCCUGCUAUUUUCCACUUUUGCAACUUCAUGAUUUACCAUUAACUACCUUUUUCUCUUCAACUCUUAAUAAAUUAUGUAUUCAAGUGAUGAGUUUUCAAGAUUGUCUUGCUUUACUUGGUGGUCGUCUCAAACAAUUAAACACCUUGAUUGUUGAUAUUAGUAGUAUGGAAUAUCCUUCAUCGACAAUUUACAAUAUGGAUGAUCUACCUAACUUGAAAUAUUUCUCCUUAAAAUCGUUUUACUGCUUAACUAAUGAUUAUGAUACUAUGAUUCUACCUCUUUUUCGUCGUAUGUCAAAUCUUGAAGAAUUAACUUUGUAUAUUAUUGUCCACAAUCGAACUAUAUUUAUCGAUGGUACUCAUAUUUAUAAUGAAAUUCUUAUUCAUAUGCCACGACUUCAUAUAUUUAAUUUUUAUAUUUCUACCCGCGCUCGAAUGGAUUCUUUAGUUCGUCAUCUAUCGAAAGAUGAGAUUCAACGAACACUUAAUAAUAAUAUAAAAUAUCAACAAGUGGAUUGUAUUGUAAACUAUGAACAUGACUUAGUCAAAUGUCAUGUCUUUUCAAUACCGUUUAUGUUUGAAGAUCUUGACAAUAUUGGUAACAUAUUUCCAAGUAUUAUAUUCAGUCAUGUUAGAAGAUUAUCGGUGCAGGAUGAUGUUCCAUUCAAACAUGAAUUUUUUAACCGGAUUGCUUUCUCUUUUCCGUUGCUUAAUGAAUUAUAUGUUGGUAAUUUUAAUCCACAAUCAUCAAUAUCAGACGAGUGGAACUCUAAUGAUAAUCAAUUGUGCUCAAUUGUUACAUAUCCUUAUCUUAUUUCGCUUCAUCUGAUCGAUGUUCAUAUUGAUUAUGUUGAUCAAUUUCUCAAUGAAAGAAAAUCACAUCUACCUCGUCUAACUGAAUUAACAAUUGAUUAUAAUCAAUUAAUCAUCGUCACAGAUAACUUUACAAGAGAUGCAACACGGCUUAAUUGUAUCAAAGUGAAAGAAUUAAAUAUCUAUAAAAAAGUAGAACAUUCAAACGAUUUUUAUGUUUAUUUUCCUUUGUUAAAACCUUGAUUUUUGUUCUAACUAAAUUAAUAAAAUAAAUAAUGAAAAUAUAUAAAUAGUAUUUUUGCAGUCGAAUCAUAGUGACCAAGAAUUAUUAAUUAGAAGUGAUUAUUAAUUCCAGUUUUUUUCAGACAUGAAAAGCCUAUUGCAUUUGAAAAGUGAAUGCUAAACCAAACAGUGACAUGUCCAAAAAAUCGACGAUACAAUGUUUGACGCAGCAAUUUCUCAAAUAAAAAAAAAAACCUAGGUGUCACUAUAAACUUCUCUUAAUUGUUAAUAUAUUCCUGUU